CUGACAAAUGUUCUUACUAUAAAGCUAUUCAUUCUGGAGGAAAACUUGAAAAUAUUAACUGGUCCAAUACCAAAUGCCCUGCUGCCGGAAAAUGUUCAUAUUUUGAAGAUAUUAAGAAAAGAGCUGAAGCUAAUGAUGGGAAUUUGCCAUCAAUCGAGGAAGGUUGUCCCUAUGCUGAAAAUUGUCCAUAUGCUAAACGUGACAAAUAUUCCAAGGACGGUAAUUAUUCAAAAUGUCCUUAUUUGAGCAAUGAUAUAAAAGGUUGCCCCUAUUUAAGUAGUGAAGGGAAAGACGAUAAGGAUGCCGCUACCAAAUGUCCACACUUCCAAAAAUUGAAAGAGAAGAAAGAAGCUGCGGAGGCGUUGGCAGCUAAAACUAAGGACGAAUUAUAA